GGACAAUCAACUGCUGCUGCUGCCGCCGCCGCUGGUGUGUUUUGUGUGGUGUGGACUUUCUCACGUUGGGGUGGACACACACACAUACAGGAGCUUGGCUUGCUUGCCCAGUACUCCCCCUCCCACCUCUUGCUCUCUCUCUCUGUCUCUCUCUCUCUCUGGCACAUACAUACACACACUCUGAGGUAGGGGCAGUGUGUGAGUGGCGGACCCUGUCGUGUGGACUGUAUUGAAGAGAGGAGAAGAGAGGAGCGGAGUGGCAGACUCUACCAUGCCAGUUCAGGGAGAAAGGCUGAAGCGCUGUCUCUCUCUCUGUCUCUGGAGCCGGAGUCCUCUGCUGUUGCUUGGACUGUUCUCUCUUCACGCACAAGCACACGGCAAUAUCUUGGACAGCAUGCUGCUCAGAGCAUCCAGUAAGGAGGCAUUGGAGAGCGGGAAGGAGACGAGCGGCAGCGCAGCUCCUGCUUCAUCCUUCCAAAGACUACUGUGGUGUCACUGCUAUCACCACUGCCCUGAAGAUUCCACCAAUAACACAUGCAGGACCGAUGGCUACUGCUUCACUAUGGUGGAGGAGGAGGAGGGAGGGGCACCGGUCCAGAGUGCAGGUUGCCUCGGGCUGGUCGGUUCAGAAUUUCAGUGUCGGGACACGGGGAACUCACGUCAAAGGAGAUCGCUGGAAUGCUGUACGGACGAAGAUUACUGUAAUAAAAACUUGCAUCCCACACUGCCACCGCUCAAACCGCCUCUAUAUGUAGAUGGGAAGAUCCACCACAUGGCCCUGUUGAUCUCAGUCACUGUGUGCAGCAUUAUACUGGCUGCCAUUAUAGUCUUCUGCUACUUCAGGUAUAAGCGUCAGGAGUCUCGUCCUCGGUACAGUAUUGGUCUGGAGCAGGACGAGACCUACAUUCCCCCUGGAGAGUCUCUGAGGGACCUGAUCGAGCAGUCACAAAGCUCUGGCUCAGGCUCAGGGCUCCCUCUAUUGGUGCAGCGAACGAUAGCCAAGCAGAUCCAGAUGGUGAAGCAGAUAGGCAAAGGGAGGUAUGGAGAGGUGUGGAUGGGCAGAUGGAGGGGAGAGAAAGUGGCUGUUAAAGUUUUCUUCACCACUGAGGAGGCCAGUUGGUUCAGAGAGACUGAGAUAUACCAGACCGUCCUAAUGAGACACGAGAACAUACUCGGUUUUAUAGCUGCUGAUAUUAAAGGAACUGGCUCCUGGACCCAACUCUACCUAAUCACCGACUACCAUGAAAAUGGCUCUUUGUACGACUACCUCAAAUCAACUACUCUGGACAAUAAAGCCAUGCUGCGACUGGCCUACUCCUCCGUGUCAGGCCUGUGUCACCUCCACACUGAGAUCUUUGGCACACAGGGCAAACCUGCCAUUGCACACAGGGAUCUAAAGAGUAAGAACAUACUGGUGAAAAGAAAUGGGACCUGCUGUAUAGCUGAUCUGGGACUGGCAGUCAAGUUUAUCAGUGACACCAAUGAGGUCGACAUCCCUCCCAACACUAGAGUCGGUACAAAGCGCUACAUGCCUCCGGAGGUUCUGGAUGAGACUCUGAACAGAAGUCAUUUUCAGUCGUACAUCAUGGCCGACAUGUACAGCUUUGGGCUCAUUCUCUGGGAGAUCGCUCGGCGUUGUGUCUCAGGAGGGAUCCUUGAAGAGUACCAGUUGCCGUACAAUGAGUUAGUUCCUACGGACCCUUCAUAUGAAGACAUGAGAGAGGUGGUCUGCAUCAAGCGACUACGACCAUCCUUCCCUAAUCGAUGGACCAGCGAUGAAUGUUUGAGACAGAUGGGGAAGCUGAUGACAGAAUGCUGGGCCCACAACCCGGCCUCCCGCCUCACAGCGCUACGGGUAAAAAAGACACUCGCCAAGAUGUCAGAAUCGCAGGACAUCAAGCUGUGAGCUGGCUCUGCCACGUGUGUGUUUACGCACAUAGAAAGGGCACUAACAUUCACACUGGCUCUGGUCCAGGCCGCACAAUCCCUUUUUCCUUGGAAAAGGAGGUGGGACAGGAAGCAAGAUCAUCACUUGAAGAUCGCAGGAUCACAACCGUUGAUGUCCAGAUGUCCAGAAUUCUAUAAUCCAAGUCUCCCUUGAACAAAAAUGUAUUACAGGAGGGCGGUUAACUAAAACUAAAAAUUAAUGGAAAGCAAUCCGACGCCGUGUGGCUCUGUUCUGUCCAUCAGAGAAGAUGAGACAUUUUUUAUUUCAGACUAGUUUGAGGACUCUAAAACCAGGUUCCUGUUCACAUGCUAAAAAAAAAACCCCAUCCCUGGAGAAAGAGAUUGAGUUUAACUUGGCACUGUAGCUGCAGAACAACGGCAACAAGCUACUGACUUGUGAGUGGAAUACUAUAUCACUGCUUUCUGUGAAAGCUAGCCUACCUGUAGAUGAAGGUCCCAUUGAAAGAACGAAAAGGUUGCGCUUUAAGGCAAUCUGUUAUUGCAGCAUGACGCCUCCUUUCAAAACACUGUCAACCCACUACUGCCUUUAUGUUGGAAUUGGAUUGAACACUUAUGUCACUCUUGAAUUGACUGAUUUUGGUUGCAAUGACUGACACUAUGUGGCAGAAAAGAAAACAAGUGUAUUUUGAGGCUUUAAAAGUUUUUGUUUACGCUGGUAAUGUUUGUAGACACUGAAGAAAAGGUACACCUGUCAUUGUUUGAGUUGUGAUAGGAUGUGAAAGUUGCAAAAGCUUAUUUCCCCAUGUAAAACUCAAACUCUUCUUUGUGAAAAAUAAAGUUUAUAUACGUCCUAAUACAUUCUGGACGGAGGCUCUCCAUGCCUCUGUGUUUCCUUGCCCUGCGUGAGGAGAGGGGGCUUUCUACAGUAAUGGAGAGAUUGAAGCAGAACGCAACAAUCACAGGAAGGGAAGUCUGGAAAAAAGGCAAUCAGAAACCGUUGUACACUUACUGUAGUGGUGACUUCUUGCUUGAUGUAGUGAUCUCUUAGAAAUGUGUGGAAUUGUGCCAGUGUUAGUUUAGGGGUACCACAAGUGGUUUGUCACAGGGGACUACUAUCAUUCAGACACUCCCAAUAACACAGAGUGGCUCCCAGAACUAGGCUGAUGGUGAGUGAGUGUGUGUGUGUGUGUGUGUGUGUGUGUGUGUGUGUGUGUGUGUGUGUGUGUGUGUGUGUGUGUGUGUGUGUGUGUGUGUGUGUGUGUGUGUGUGUGUGUGUGUUAGACAGCUGGACCAGAAGCCUUCACUUAAGAUAUAACAGCCACACAUACAGUAUUGUUGAAAAGGCGACUGGUCCUAGAAACCCCUCCCCCCCACCCGUCCCCCAACUAACAGCAGAAUUACCCUGUGUACGUAAGAAGGUCACUUUUUCCCGCCCACCACGCUGGCUGCCUCAUACAUGUAAAUGAAAGUACAUGUUGAAUCUUUUUGCAGUUGUCACACUGAAAUCAGCAGUCGAGUCAUUAAAACAAUCAAUCAUCUGGCUUCUAUCAGGCGAGUUUCUCCACUGAAUCAAACUCUCACAUGGUAGCAGUCAAGUGUUGGGAAGCUUAAACAGCCUUACUGCCUCAGUGUGACAUGCUUCUCAAUCUGGACACCUUUCAUCAUCACAGUUAGCACACUGGUAGGAUCUUCCACAGUCGUUUGUCAUCACAUCUAUUCAAUUUUAGCUUCUUUUUUCUUUUUGUCCAUUUGUAAAAAUCCUUGAUAAACUUUCCUUCAGGUCGAUGAGUUGUUGUUUUUUUGUUUUCUUAAAUCUCUGCCAAGUAAAGUAAUAGGAUGCUCUGUAACUGUCGAGGGCGUGGCAGAUGUGUUGUGUUAUACAUGCCCUUUCUAUCCUCUUGGGUGUUGUGCCUUAUUUAAUCUGUACCUACUGUAGUUGUCUGUGAGAGAAAGUGGUGUUUUUAAUUCAGUAAAAAGGUUGAACAUUCCCCCAAUAAAGUGUUUCACUCAUG